AUGUCUUUCUCUAGUCUCGUACAAGAUUUAUCAUUUAGAGAUGCUGCUAGUGAGCGACGACCACCAAUUCGAGGUGCGGCAUCGGUUUCGACUUAUGAUGAUCGUGCAUCUUACGUUUCUAGAGCCGACUCGCACAUUUCCAGAGCCAGGUCAUACGCAAGCACGACGGCGACGAGCGUGAGCAUAUCUGGAGAUAUUGCUAGUCAAUUGCACGGUGGUUACUGUCAUCCUUUGGCAAGAACAUGGCAGGCUGAGAGACAAUUGACAAAGUCAAUGCUUAUUUACCCCCUGUUUAUCUCCGACAUUGAUGACGAAGAAACCCUUAUCCCCUCCCUUCCCGAUCAACACCGUCGAGGAAUCAACAAGGUUGUGCCAUUCCUGGAACCUCUUGUCCGCAAGGGUUUGAGAUCAGUCAUAUUAUUCGGUGUACCGGUUGCGCCUAAUGCCAAAGACGCUCUCGGAACAAGCGCAGAUGAUCCACAGGGUCCAGUCAUUGCUACAAUUCGACUCCUCCGUCAGCGAUUUCCACAACUCUUCAUCGUGGCAGAUGUCUGCCUUUGCGAAUACACCUCCCACGGACAUUGCGGUAUUUUGAGGGAUGAUGGUAGUCUUAACAACCAGUUGUCUGUCGACCGUGUCUCAGAUGUUGCGAUCGCAUAUGCUCAAGCUGGUGCGCAUUGCGUUGCUCCUUCAGAUAUGAAUGACGGUCGCAUUCGUGCUAUCAAGCUCAAGUUGAUCGAGGAGGGCAUUGCACACAAAGUCGUAUUGAUGUCAUACGCUGCUAAGUUCUCUGGCUGCUUAUACGGACCAUUCCGUGACGCAGCAGGCUCUGUUCCUUCAUUUGGCGACCGAAAAUGCUAUCAAUUACCACCAGGAGCUCGUGGUCUUGCUCGUAGAGCCGUUGAAAGAGAUAUCGGUGAAGGCGCAGACAUUAUCAUGGUCAAGCCAGCUAGCCAAUAUCUCGAUAUUAUUAGUGAUGCAAAGGACAUCGGAAAAAAUAUGCCUAUCGCAGCAUAUCAAGUUAGUGGGGAAUUUGCGAUGAUUCAUGCUGGCGCAAAGGCUGGUGUUUUUGACUUGAAGGAAAUGGCUCUUGAGUCUACUGAAGGUAUUCUGAGAGCUGGUGCGACCAUCAUUGUCAGCUAUUUCACACCACAAUUACUCGAUUGGUUAGAGUCAUAG